UCCCGUCGCUAGGGGGUGGGGGAAGGGAGGAGGAGUUGGGUCGAACAAGGAAUUCAGUCCAUUUGAGGGAGUGGGCAAGGCGCUGGUAUUCAUGUAGGAGGAAAUACAUUGAAAUAUAAAAGUUCAGCUGCAGAUCUGGCUUAAACAUCCCUUUCCCACCCCCCGCCCCCUCUCCCUUCCCCCACCCCUCCCUGCCUCCUGUCCCCACCGUAACGAUGGAGGAGAACAUGGAGGAGGACCCCAGCUACCAGCCCCUGAUGAUGGACGAUCACAACCACAACAACUGGGAGGCCAACGCGGACGCUUAUCACCAUCAGCAACAACAACAACAACAUUGCCAUCAACAGCACAGCCACCAUCACCCCAGCCAGCCCGCUCUGUCCGAGCCGGGGGGCACGCCGCGAGCACAGCACGAUCCCAAAGUGCUCCUUCCGCAUCCCAUGCCUCUUAAUGGGGAAGAGCGAGGGCCGGCAUCGCACAGGGAGCCUGACGCCGAGCCCGUGGCCGGCAAAGUAACCUUGAAUAUCAACAGCUCGGCCUCCAAGUUCUUGAUGAACGUUAUAACAACAGAAGACUACCAGCGUACUUACUGGCCAAAAUUGGACAGUGCCAUUGAUCAGCUUUUGACACAGUCUCCUGGAGACUGCAUACCUAUAUCUUACGAGCAAAUCUACAGCUGUGUUUACAAGUGUGUGUGCCAGCAGCAUUCAGAGCAGAUGUACUGUGACCUCAUCACAAAGAUAACCAUUCACUUAAGACGAGUCUCAGAGGAGCUGCAGGUCAGCUGUCCAGACGCAUACAUUGAGAGGUUUAAUGCAGCACUCAGCCAGUACAUGGGAGCUCUACAGAGCAUUGUGCCUCUAUUCAUUUACAUGAACAAAUUUUACAUUGAAACCAAACUUAACAGAGAUUUGAAAGAUGACCUCAUAAAGUUGUUUACAGAACAGGUUGCAGAAAAGCAUGUUCCUACCUUAAUGCCUUUACUAAUAGAAGCUCAGUCAACUCCAUUUAAGGUCACCCCUUCAACCAUGGCAAAUAUAGUUAAAGGCUUAUAUACACUUAGACCUGAUUGGGCACAGCUGGCACCUAGUCUCUUUUCUAAAUUUAUCCCAAAUAUCCUUCCCCCUGCUUUGGAAUCCAAGCUCUCAGAAUAUGCUGCUCAAGACCAAAAACUCCAGCGAGAACUGAUACAGAAUGGCUUUGCCAGAGGGGAUCAGUCACGGAAAAGAGCUGGAGAGGAGCUAAUGUUUAAUGGGUCAGCAUCAACAUCAUCAUGUGCAAAUACAAGGGGAUUCAGAUAGUGAAAAACUGAAGACUUGUUUUUUCUUGCCUUGGAAGAAGGACAAAACUGAAAGGCUCUUAAACUGUGCAGGGAGUCAUGCAAUGGAGGGGCAUUUGCUGAAGUUCAAGCCUGUUUUACUCUUGCCCUCCCUUCUUAAGAGAAGGACUUGUCAUCUUUUAAGUUUUGUUUCUGAUGAUCAUGCUGCUAACAGACUUGGGAAUAUUCUUUCCAAAGGCUCAUUCUAUGGUGUUGUGCCUGGACUGGUUGUAUAGUGUAAAAGUUCAUAUUGAGUGAACUUCAGCAUCCUAGUAAUGGUUUUUGAAUGGAAUUUAAUCCUUUUUUGCAAGAAGCACAGUUUCCAGCAAUCUUCUAGCAUGCUUGCCAUUUUCAUGACUUCUAAUCAUCCAAACACCCUGAUUAAAGGUGCUCCCUGUUCUGCCAUGAUGGCCAGGGAAUUGUUUUUGUCUUUAAUUCCUGAGUGUUUGUUCAAUUCCUGAGAUUUUGUAACUCUGUCUUUAAUGUCCACGUCAGCCCCCGUUCUCACCAAAUUGUGUGUUUUAAAACUGUUAGAAUACUCUUCUGACAGGAUCUUUACUAAAUCUACUACAUUUGCAACUAAGUGGUUUCACAGUAGUGAGAAGUCAUGCAUAUUCAAAUGUGGAUGUAUGGGGUCACAGGGAUUUUUUAUUUUUAAAAAAAAUCUUGAGAAUUCAUUUUUGUUGGGAAAGGAUUAACCAAAACGGUGUGCACAGCAGUAAUCAUAAUUAGUCUUAAAACCCAACCUACAUAUGUGAAGCCUCAAUUGCAUCAUUUUCAUUGAAUGUAUUUUUUAUUGAACACAGUAUCAGUCAAUAUUUAUGUAACACUCUACUAAAUAAUGACUAAACCACCGUACCAAUUCUGAAGCAUUUUAUCAAUUUUAGUAUUGUGAUAUAUUUUGCUAUUGUAGAUAUUUGACUGCGUGAAGACUGUGCCAUUUUUUACCUUUAUUCCCCUUGCCUAUCAUUUUGAAUCGGAUAAUUGAGCAGGAGUCAGUAUGUGAAGUAUUUUUUCCUCAUACAGUUGGUCUGCUGUAUUAAACCUGAGCAGUUAAUGUGUCAUUGCAUUUACUAUUGUUUUCAAUAUUACCUGCUGCCUCAUUGCAAAGGACAUGAAUUUUCAGGAAAGGACAAAAGCACAAGAGGGAAGAUGUCCUAACAAUUUAGCAUUUAGUAAUAUCCUGCUUUUACUCUUAUUUCAUGGGUAACUUUCUAAGUUGGUUUAGUAUGACUAAAAACCUCAGCAAAAAUGUGAGAACAAAUAAUUGUAAUUUUGGGUUAAAAUUGAGCAACUCUUGCCUGUUCGGCUAUAGCAGUUAUUUCAAUUGUGCAAUAAAACCCAAAAUUGGUUUUGAUUAUUAGAUAACACUUUUUUUUUGCUCAUUUGUGUAAAUAUUUUAGUAGUAGCUUACCUUUGUAGCCUUUAAUUGCAACCUGUGUGUAUAACAUAAAUAAUGCAGUAGAUUUUUACCUGUGAGUGACAUGUUAAUGGUAAGGCAUAACCAUGAAAAUCAGAGAUAAUCCAUGGUCCCCGCAGAAUGUAGACAUCUAUUUAAACUAAUAUCCAAGUGUUGCAAAGUGUAAUUUCUCAUUCUACAAAGCAAUGGAGUAUGACUCCUCAGCAGGCAGUCUAAAAUGCUUUUAAAAAGUCACUUCCAUAAGUUAGAAAACAUGUCUAACAUUCUAGGUGAAUUGACUGUUAAUUUGAAACAUAAUGAUCUGUUUCCCAGAUCCCAACACUCUUUGUGACCACAAUAAAAAAUUGGGGUUCAUUGACAAAAAUUAGAACAGGACUCUAUGCAUUUGGUUGAUCUGAUCUUGUGGCCCUAACAAACCAGUGAAUGUUAUUCCAGUUCCAAAUUCUUCUUAAUAAUGCUUCCAGCUAUUUUUGCUUAUUUUUGAGAGUUAUUUACAGAUACAUAUUUUAAUUCCAAUCCUUUCCCCAUCCUUUACAAUUUGUAAGGAUUUCCCAUGCUUUACUAUGAUGCAGGAAAUUGAUUAGACUGUUCCCUUUAGUCUAAUACACUAUGUGCCAACAGAGCUGAGAUCCUGAAUGGCACACAUUAUUGUUUUCAGGGGGUUUUUGAGCAAACUGGUAAUUUUGGUGGAACAGUAUUGCACUUCUGAUUGGUCCUUCAAGGCCAGUUUGAAUUUAUUAUAGAAUUUAUAGCACCAAAGAUGGCCAUUCAGCCUGAGUGGUUGGCCAUUGUUCAUGCUCCACAUGACUAUCUUGCUACCCCACUUCAUCAAAAUAGCUUCUAAUCCCUUUCUGUCUCAUGUACUUAACUAACUUCCUCUUGGAUACAUCUGGUCUACUCCCUUUAAUUAUUCCCAUAUGGAACAUGUGUCAUGUUCUCACUUCUGUCUCAGUAAAGAUGUUUUGCUGCCUCUUAUUGAUUGGAUUUAUUAGUGCCUAUCAUCUACUUUUGCCCAUACGUUUUGGACUCAUCCAGCUGGGGUAGUGAGGGACAUGAGUUUUCAAUCCUGUGAUGGAACUGGCUUAUAUGUCAAAAAACAUAGUUUAAAAAGGCAUUAGGGACUUAAUUGCAGUUAGUUUAUAUUUUUCCUCAGCACAGUGAUGGAGAGUCUAAACAAUCUAAGUAUCCAUUCAGCAGCAUCUAACUUCAUGUCAUGCACACCAUCAAUUUAAAACAUUUAAUUACAUUUUCUCCCAGUGAUUAUGGCCAUCUGUGCUAAUACUGCUGUGUAAACUGAAUUUUUUUUUCCUUAAAUGCUUUCCUUUUACUAUUUUGGGUAAACUUUUUAAAGGAAAUUCUUUACAUGUGCAAGUAUACAUUCCAGAUAUAAAUUGUAGUGCUUCUUGUAAAAUUAGGAAAUAAUGAGGACACCAAUUGACUUUCUGUCUUAUCGAGAUGAUAUUCAAAUGAAAAUAAUUAAUCUUAAUUUUAUAAUGCUGAUGCCAGUUUCUAAUAUUUAUGACAUUUGGUUAAGGGAAGGGGUAUGAUUUCCACAGUUAUGUUCUUUGUACUAAAAUUAUAAAUGGGUAUUUAAAGAGUGCAUCUGUGAUUUGACCACUCUAAGUGAAAAUCGACAGACUAAUUUCAAUCAUGAAAUCUUCUGCUUGUUUCAGAUAUAAUAGAAAAGCUGUUAAGAUUCAUAAUUUGUGCAAAGCAAAGUUAUUUUUUCAGACUGUAUAAUUAAGAGUUGAGAUAAUUUGACUUACUCGCACAGUUUCCAUGCAUUAAAAUAUGUUAAGGACAGCAAAUAGACGGAGUGAUUCAUAGCCGAACAAAGCUUUCAGGUUGGUUUGCAUAUCUAUCAAAGUAAGGUCUAAAUCAAAAAGCAUUAGUUUCUUAUAACCUAUGCAGCCUCAGCUUGCAUUUCACCAUAGCCCCCUCAGGGAAGACUCAAGGCUGCAGACAAAAUCUAUUUAAUAUGCUAAAGGCUUCUCUGUAUUUAAUUGCUGGAACAGUUUUGUCAUCCUUUCAUCCCUGAAGGCAUUUUUCAUUUAUCAGGCAGAUGCCCAGAAAGUGGCAUGAAAAGGUUGUAACCUCUUAGGAGACAAAGACACGAUGGCAGGUUUUGCUGAAAAGUGUCGCUUUAAAAAAAAAGUUCUAAAUGCUAUUAUUAUCUUAAAAGCAUAAUAAUAAAAGUUUUUAUCUUAAAUAUGUCAACAAAAGACCUUUUGCUUAUGAUGAAAUUUCAUGACUGAAAGUUCAAUAAAUUCGUAUAGUUGUCAAUUGGAGCUCUGGUGAUCCAGCAUGUGGAGCAAAGAAGAGAGCUUCAAAUCUUUCAACUAACCAUAAUAGAAGGCAUUAAACAAAGUUUGAAGAUGGCAGGAGAUGAUUGAUAAUAGGCUUCCUUUGUACAUCCCCCAGUGAUCGCUGCGAGUGACACUGAUAGUUUCUUAUUGCCAAGUUGCCUACCCUAUUUACAAAAGGCACAAUCUUGUAUUGAAAUUGAAAGUGGGAAAUUUGUGAGAGGAAGGGGUUACAAAUGAAGAUUGUGCACAAAAAAUGAGAUAUAUGGAUAGAAAUAUAUAUAUUCUGACCUUGUCUGCAGCUUGAAUUAACAAUGCACUUUUAAUGUUUAAAGUUCCAAAUUUAUAUUCUAAAUUUUCUUUUCAAAAGUGAAUGUGUUCCCUUUUCAAUGUGCGUUAUUCUGUUGCAGGUACAUGUAUAGUGCAAGGAAACCCACAGUGAUUUAGGUGGAACAAUCUAUUGACUCUGAUUUUGAACAAUUUAAAUUUCAAGAUUCCCAAUGUUAAAAUUGUAAAACUGUUUAUAUAUUCAUAAACACAGGUAGGCAAAUUAAAGCUAGCGCAUCAUAUGUGUCCUGUUGUAUGUUACAACUGGCAUGGCAAGUCUCAAUGCUUCCCACAGACUGUGUAUUUGUCCAGGAAAGGCAUUUAGUUUUAAAAUCCUAAUCCAAUUCAGAAAGAAGAUAAUUCUGGGAAAUACCUUUCUGAUCCUAAAGACAAUGAAAACAAGUUCCAUGGGGUAACAAUGUUUGCAAAGUAAUUCGACACAUACUAAACAAGCCAAGAACGUACCCUACAUAAUUGUGGUCCUCUUCAAAAAAAAAACACACCCUAAAAUCUAAACUAUGCAGACUAGUUCACAUUUGGGGUGUGUAGUUCCUUUUUAAAUAAGGCAGUUUUCUGAACUUCUACAACGGACACUUCAAUCUGAAAAGGUGAAAUGCAGUAUUUUCAAUAUAAUAUGCAUAUCUGUAAACCCUGUUAGAAAACUUGACUGAUCUUCACCUGAACUGCUUUAUAGGUGUUGAAUUUUAAAGUGAUUUUAUUUUCAGCUUUCUAGAGAAAGAUGACUGUGUAAUUCACCUGAUAUUCUACAUUCCCUGUCAGAAUCUACAGUGUCUGUAGAUAGUUGGGCUAUAUUGUUUAAUAUGGAAGAUCCAGAAUGGAACUCGUGGUUCUCCAUGUAUAACUUACCCCAGGUGAAAAGCCUUAACCCUUUGGUAUUUGAUUGAUAUAUAGCACCAUUGGUUCCUGGAAUAUCUGAUCAUAUUUUUAUUCUGGACUUCUGCACCUAGACAAAAUAGGUUGCCCUCCUGAAACCGUGUUAAUGUCUUGAUUGUUGCAAGCCAGAAAGCAGUCUCCAGCUCUCAACUACGUUUUCACUUGGGAGAAAAGAACUCUUGAAGUGCCUCUACAGAGAACUAGGAUUGGGCUCAUUCCUUUUCCCAAUUGGUACUGAACCUUGAGAUCGUUGCAAAGAUAUAUAAGUUUUAGCUCUCCAAACAAGGCUUCUCUAAGGGCUUACUGUAUAAGUAUGUAUCAGUUGGUACAGAGCUAAAUGUACCAGGUUCAAUUUCUGACCUUGUGUUCAAUUUACUGUUCAAAGUUUGGGAAUGGUUGGAGACCUAAAAUACUAAGACCUGAAGAAACAUUAGUAGGGAUUUCACUUCUUUUUGUUUCGUAGCUUCAUUGUUAAAAAUGGACAUUGGAUGAAGGCACAGUGGGACUUGAUGUUGCGCAUUUCAGAUCUAAAUACCCAGCUGAUAUUCUAGAUAUAGACUCUCAUAUGAAGAGUGGUCAUCUGAUGAGCAUCUGAGGGCCACUAAUAACUAAAACCCUUUACCCAAGUGAGGAAUCAACUUCAGGAUGGGAGACAGGAGGAGAAUGGGGUGGCAAAGGUCUCUGUGGAAGGAGGGAAACACUAUUCCUUUGAAAAGGUCUAGGUAAAGAAAAUUAAGCCUGAAGUUAUUUUAAUGAGUUUCUUGCAGUAUGGAAAUGAUGAGGCUAAUUGAAAUUUCAUCACAGGCAGAAGUUACAUUUUGCUUACCUUUUUUGUAAUAAAUGUUUAUGGACAGAAUACACUGAAAUUGCUUGCUUAUGUUCUUUUUGAAAAUAUAUUUUAUUGUGUAGAUUAUAUGAUUGUAUUUUAAUUUUGAAUGCAAACUUUCUAAACUGGAUAUGUUCUUCAAUAAGGCACUUUAAGUAAAUUGGUACCAUUUUUGUGUUUCAGUUUAUAGAGCCCAUAAACACUUCUUCCUUCCACAGAUUUCCAAGGUUAUUAGACUGUAAGAGAUCAUUAGAGCUCCUAGGAGAUUGCAGCAUCGAGACCAAGGGAAUAUCAUUUUUUUUCUCACGUUGCAUAUUGCAAUGAGAUGAUAUUCAUGAUGGAUACAUAAUUAGACUAUCAUUUAAAACUAAAACUUAGACCUCUGCAGCAGAUCUUGGUUUCCGAAAGUGCUCAAGCCUGUAGAACAACAUCCAAACAGUUCCUAUCCAAACCCUGUUUGAGUACUGUAGUAGGAUUACUUAGUGUAUCUUCAAAUAAUGAUGCUGCUGUGUUAAUGUGGUCCUGUUAAUGUAUUUUCAAAUAUGCUUGGAGAAAAUAAUUGCAGGUUUUAAAAAAAAGUUUAGUUGGUUUCAAAAUGCAACCUGUAGAAAACAACAAAAGAUGGUUCACUUUGAAUAAAAAAAAUUGAAAUUAAGGUGAUAUGUUGCAUAAGAGAAAAUAAUUAAUGUUUGCACUAAAAUAAAGUCAUACUAUAUGGUAAAGUCACUUAUUUUAUUAAAGGAAGAUUGAUUAUUAAUUUGGUAUUGGGUGUCUGAAAUGUGAUCUGCAGUACCUUGGGUGUGUACCGCUCUUUCAAUAAAAAUAUCCAGUUUGCUGCAAA